AUGAGGAAAUUCGGACUCGGAGAUUAAUUGACUUGCCUGUGGUCAUAUGGCUAGUGUCAGAAGUGGGAUAUGAAUUUCUGUCUUACUGAUUCCAAGUCUAGCACUUUAUCCACAUGGCUUCAGUGAACAAAAAGAAGGGGCGCUUGUGAUCAUGGAACCCCAAUUGUGAAGGCCUAUGUAUUCCUUGUUGCCAUGACGACAGGCGACUGCUGUCAUCUCCCUGGCUCUCUGUGUGACUGUACUGGAAACACGGCCUUCUCUAAGAUCGUGGCCGACCCGGACCUUGGGCAUCCGCAGUAUGUGACCCAGGUAACAGCCAAGGAUGGCCGGCUCCUCUCAACUGUCAUCAAAGCCUUAGGCACGCAAAGUGAUGGACCUAUCUGUCGAAUAUGCCACGAAGGGUCCAGUGGAGAGGUGCUAUUGUCACCCUGUGAUUGCACAGGCACGCUGGGUACUGUGCACAAAAGCUGCCUUGAGAAAUGGCUUUCUUCCUCCAACACUAGUUACUGCGAGCUGUGCCACACAGAAUUUGUGGUGGAGAGGCGGCCCCGGCCCCUCACAGAGUGGCUGAAGGACCCUGGUCCCAGGAAUGAGAAGAGGACCCUUUUCUGUGACAUGGUAUGUUUCCUGUUCAUCACGCCCCUUGCAGCCAUCUCAGGCUGGCUGUGCCUUCGAGGGGCUCAAGAUCACCUACAGUUUAACAGCAGGCUGGAGGCUGUGGGACUUAUCGCUCUCACUUUAGCACUUUUUACUAUCUACAUCCUUUGGACAUUGGUUUCAUUCCGCUACCAUUGCCAGCUGUACUCUGAAUGGAGAAGGACUAAUCAAAAAGUCCGCUUAAUGAUUCUGGACUCUGAAAGCUGCAAAACAGCCCAGCAUUCAUUACUGUCAGCCAUGAUCCUCAAGAAAACAGCAGAAGAAACUACUGUAUGAGUGCUUUGGAGCUGGUAGCCCUUGGGAGAGAGGGGGUCAGUCCUGACCCACCAUAAUCCAGAGAGGAUUCCAACCUGAAGGAAUCAGCUGGCAUAUUGGAACCCCAGAGGAAAAAGGAAAGCUGACCACUCUGUCGGCUGGCCCAGGAUCUUGAGAAUGUGGUUUGGGAGGCUCAGCUCAUUAAGGAAGGACAUAUCUGGCUCCUUCACCCAAUCUGGGUUGACUUUGUUACAAUAUACACUAAGUGGAGUAUAUUCUAUAUGUGUACAUAUUUUUCAAUUUCCUUGCAUAAAAUUUCUGUAUAUUAUGUUGACAGACUUGGUUUUAAGCUUCAGUACUGAAGCUGGCAGCUUGAUCUCAUCUGAGGUUAAUUACAUGCCCUAUUCUGGAUCACUCAAAGAAAAUUUAUGUUUCACAUCACCCUUGCCCUAGAAGGUAUUUGCUAAGAUCUUGGGAGGCUGUCUUUAUAUCUUGCACUUUCUUUUAUGGUGUCAUACUUUAUAAAAGUUUUUGUGUUUUAAAGAUCAACCCUGAAGGAAUAAAAUGAGCUCUUAAUGAA